UAUUUUCAGGAAGAUGGAUACAAUUAUAACAGCUGUUCUAACGAUUGUGCUGGCUCAUCUUGUUUGGGGAUUUAUAUUAUGGCUUCGAGUGCGGAAGCUGUAUUCUUAUCCUGGGCUUCUGGGUUUUCCUGUUUUCGGAAACCUUUACUACUUCUACAAAACAUUGUUCGCAUUCACAGCUGAUAGUAUGGUGAAUCAAAUGAUCAGAGUUAAUGAAAAAUGCGGAAAAGAUGGGUUAUGCUUCCAUUUUAUUUAUGGUUACAAGAUAGCAGCAAUAGUUUCAAGUCCUGAAAUUGUCAAGAAAUUAUCAUUUCAUCCCAACUUGGGCGACAAGCCUUAUGAAAUAUACGCAGGAUUUCAUGAUUAUAUGAAGGGACCUUUUAGUAUUCAACAUGCCGAUGAAGCAUGGAAAUUGAAGAGAAAGGAAUACAAUAUUUUUUUAAGGAGGUCGAAUGUUAACAACGAUUAUUUUAAUUCCUUUGCUAAAUCCGCCGAUAAGUUUGUCGAUAAGUUGUCGACAUCCUCUGACGGACAUGGCCUUUCCCUAGCUAUAACACACGAUGCGUCUUUCAAAACUCUAUUUGGCAUUGACACAGAUUUAGUGUAUCAUCCUGAGGUUGUAAAAAUAAUGAACAGGUUGAUGGACAUGGGAGGAAUUAUUCUUGCAAACUCAAAUGUAGUAAGAGCAUUGGGUCCCGUACUAAGGCCAUUAUUUGAUGUAGUCCAUGCAAAAGCAGUAGAGUUACGGAAAAUGGCUAUAAAAAAAAUAGAAAACACCUUAUUGUAUAAAAAGGAACCUCUUUCAGCCACUGCUGAGUUGACCUGGCCUUGUGAGCUGGAGCGGAAUCCUGCUGGAAAACCCAAUGACUUCCAGCAAACAGAAAAUGCUUGUUAUUUUUCUGUGACAAAAGUACUUAGUUCGCGCCUCUUGUUCCGAAACUUAAAAAUUAGAAUCUUUAAAACAAUUAUCUUGCCUACAGUUGUUUAUGGAUGCGAAACUUGGCCGCUUACAUUAAGGGAUGAGCAGCGUCUUAAGGUUUUUGAAAAUAAAGUAUUGCGUAGAAUAUUCGGACCGAAGAAGGAUGAGUUAACCGGAGAGUUCAGACGGUUACACAACGCCGAAUUGCGUGAGCUGUAUCCGGGUAAUAUAAUUGAGGUAAUUUCAUCGCGGCGAAUCAAAUGGGCUUGUAAAGUUGUUGGGCUUAGUAACGAGAGAAUUCCUAAAAGGUUAAUAUUUGCUGUGCCGAAUGGUAAGCGUCCGAGGGGUAGACCGAAGCGAAGGUGGGAAGAUUGCAUUAAAGCCGAUCUGAAGGGACUGGGUUUGGACGGCGAACGGUGGAGGGAGAAGAUUGAUUGCUUAGGAGGUGGAAGAAUAAUUGUUGUUCAAAUAUGGUUAAGGAAGAGGAUUUGCGUAUGGAGGCAGGUAAUGAAUUCCAGAAAAAGGUAG